AUGGACCAGGACCACAACGGCCGCCAUCCUCUGGCAAACGCCAAACCCUCCUCCUCUUCCAAAGACAACAACAACAACAACAACAACAACGACGACGACAACCAUUCGCCCUCGGAGCCCAGGAAUGAGAACGCAUAUGUUGACGCUCCGGAAGACACGGUGCCCCAAGAACCUCCGUCACUUGACUCGCUCUCCAAGGAGCCCAACCGCGACCACCGCAAAUGGUAUCCCAAGUACGGUCGGGUCCAGAAGUGCGACUGGUGCAACGCCCGGUCUCGGGGUACCCUCCAUGUUUGCACCAUCUGCGCCAUCCGCAUGUGUGAGGACUGUGCACGCGACCGCCGCUGGCACCCCAACCGCAACCACUUCAUCGAUGCCGAUGCCUUGGACUGGGUCAUGAAGAAGGUGGCGAGAGCACCCAGGCAGCCCAGGCAGUCUAAGCCACCCAACAAGAAGGUCCCGGCCAAGCGUGCCGCUUCGGCCAGCCCGGACAAGGAGCCCAAGACUCCUCCUCCCGCCCCUCGUCGCCGCAAGUUAGUGGAAACCGAUUACAACACCCCUGACGACGAGGAUGAGGACGAUGAGGAUGACGAGGAUGGCGAGGAUGACGACUCAGCCGGCCAUGGCAACAACAAACCCGCCAACGCCGGCCCCGGACAGUCUCACUUUCCUCCGCCCGCCAAUCCUCGCGGUGACUCCGGCCCCCGUCCUCCUCCUCCGGUGCCCAGCUACUAUGACCACAACCAAGCUGCUCUUCGCUAUCAUCAGGCUCCGAUACAUGGCGGAUACACUCCGUAUGGGAGAAUCGAGCCGCAUAUGCAUGGCUACUAUGGCCCUCCGGUUCCAGCUCCGACCGCCCCUCCUAUGGCCGGUCCCAGCACUCGCCAGGAUGGUCGCCGGCAGCUACCAGCUACUAAACCCAAGCUGAACAAUAGCGAGCAGUCUCGCCGGGCUUCCGGCAGCCGCCUUGACGACUAUGGCAAUGACGGUAACGGGGGUGGGGACGAUGACUUGGAGUCUCGGCAAGAUGAAGACGGCAAUGAGGUUGCCGAGGAGAAGGGGCAUGCCGACAAUGCCAACGACUCGCACCGCCGCCACAGCGCUCGUUCCACUGGGGGUUCCCACGCCCGCACCCUCUCCCAAGUCAGCACCGACCGUGGCGGCACUUCCCCUCAGGCCAGUGCUGCACAGGGCACUCGCACUUUGGCUGAGCGACCGGCCAUGACACCGCAGGACCGUGAGCAUGACCGCCUUGUUGUCGACAUCUACAACUGGCUGUACGGGGACAGGCCCCCCCUGGACCCCAACCGCGUCCGCACCCGGAUCCCCGACCAGUGGCAACCACCCCGGCAGGCGUUAGUUCCGCAGUAUCACCCUGAACCGACCCCGUAUGGCCAUGGCCAGUACCCUGCCCCCUACGGCCACCCUCACCAGCACAUGUAUCCGCCGGCCCCCCAAGGCUACCCGCCGUACCCCCUUCACCAGCCCUACCUAGAGUACCCUCCAUACCCCCCUUACGCCCCUUACCCUCCCCACCCAGCAGCAGCAGCAGCCCCCCACAACCACAACAACAACCCCAACACCGCCUACCCCCCCACUCACCCAUCCCACAACAACAACAACAACAACAACAACAACAACACCCACCCAGCAGCAGCGGCCCACCCAGCAGCAGCGCACCAAGCAGCACCAGCGCCCUACCACCCGGCCUACCUCCAAGACCUCGCCUUCGCCCAGCACCAGCACGAGCACGACCGCUCCACCCUCGAGCAGCUCGCCCGCGCCUGGGCCCACAACACUAUCCUGCUGCGCCUGGUCGCGCGCAACCAUCGCGUGUAUGCCAUACAGAUGCUGUGGGAGGUGUUUGCCCUGCGGAGGCGGGUGGAGAGGGAGAUGUCGCUCAUGGAGGUUGGGGGGAGGAGGAGGAGUGGGGAUGGUGGUGGUUCUUAUGGGGAUGGUGCUGGUGGUUCUUGUGGGGGUGGUGAUGGUGAUGGUGCGGGUGCGGGUGGGGAGGGGGAGGGUGAUGGGGGUGAAGGCGUGGAUGCCUUCCCGCAGACGGUGCGGUGGUUUGUGGGGGAGCGGGAUAGCCAGUUCCGGAUGGAGUACGAGACUACGCGGGCGCAGCGCGAGGCGAGGGCGCAGGUGCUGGAUCGUGGCGGCCAUGACCGGGCCCAGGCUGGGGUAGUGAGGGGUGCUGUUCACCACCUUGGCGAGGGGGGUGCUGUUCAUCACCAUGGUGAAGCGCGUGCUGGCAGUGCUGGCAGUGAGGGUGCUGCUGCUGCCAGCGGUGGUGCCGCCAGCAGUGCUGGUUCUGAUCGCGCCGUUGUGGAUGAUGACGACACCGAGAGCGAGGAGGUUGAGGAGAAGGAGUAAUCACUCGCUCACUCACUCACCCGGCUCCAUAGGUCAUUCAUUUUCAUGGAUGGCCUUGUCACCCACUCUCAGCUGGACC